AUGGCGGCCGCUCAGCCUACCGAUCCCGAUCCGUCACCCGCACCCGCACACCACCACGACCUCGACCGCCACGCCUUCGUCCCCUCGCCGUCGACCCGCGAGUGGCUGUACUCGCUCCCCCUCCCGCCCGGCUGCACAACCCAGCCCGAGCCCCAGACCCCCGAGGACUGGGCCCUCGUCGAGCAGUACCGCCUCCUCGUCAAUGGCCUCGUCGUCCUCGGCGAGUACGAGCGCGAGCGCCGCAGGAGGGAGAGCCGCGGCGAGGACCCGUUCGCGACCGCGUGGGACCCGCGCACCUGCAGCAACCCCGUCGUCCUCGCCGCCGUCGAUUCGCUCGUCAAGGACGCCUGGCCCGGCCUCGACACGGCCUCGCCCGCGCACGCGGCCUCAAGCGCACCGCAGGCCGGCACCGCAGCCACGCUCGAGACGGAUGCGGCGUACCUUGGUGCGCUGAGCGCCGUCCAGGCCGCCCUCGGCGGCAGCGCCGCCGGCGUCCUUCGAGGCCGGGGCUCGUCGCCCUCGACCGCGACCACGGCGUCGUCGCACUCGUCGCGCGCACCGCACCACCACCCGCACCAGCGUCCUCAGGCUCGCUCGUCGUCGUCGUCGAGCUCGGCCGCCGCCACCACGUUCCACGACGACUACUCGACCCCGGCCUCGUCGGCCGCGCCCUCGUUCCGCCUCGACCCGGCGACGGGCGACAUGAUUGCGUCGCUCCCGCUGUCGCUGUCGGACCUCGCGUCGCUCCCGUCGCACUCGGCGCUCGCGCUCGACCCGUCCCAGAUCCCGGCCGACGGCAUCCUCGCCGACCACCUCCCGCUCGACCUGAGCGGGCCCGCGAGCCUCCCGAGCCUCAUGGGCGCCAUCGCCGAGCUCGAGCAGUGCGUCGCGCGCCUCAGCCUCGAGGCCAACGAGGCGCGCACGCUCCAGAAGACGCUCCGCAUGGAAAUGGCGGCGAGGACCUCGGGCGGCGGCGGUGCCGGCGCCGGUGCAGCGCCGGGUGCGGCUCGUGCGGCGGCCAAGAAGCAGAAGCGCAAGGCCAAGAAGCGCGCCGCAGCCGAGGCGGCGGCCGCCGCUACCGCCGCCGCCGCGUCGCCGGGCCAGCCGCACGAGCACGAGCACGACGAGCACGACGACGAGCACAACGACCAGCCGCAGGCGCCCAUGACGCGCGACGAGGCGCUCGUGAGCGGCCUGAGCGGGCGCGUCGACGACUGCUGCUCCGAGUGCGGCGAGUCGCACGCCGCCGUGCCGCCUCACCACGCCGGCGCCGGCGCCGGUGCCGCGACGGGCCCCAGUGCGCUCGUCCCGGGCUCCGGUGCGGGCAGCGGCGCGAGCAUCAUUGGCGAGGCGGCGCACAGGGCGGUCGGCGUCGGGGCUUGGGAGGACGGCGAGCUCAUGAAGGCGCUCCAGAGCGUGAGCCAGCUCGACCGGCGCGCCGACGAGUACAGGGAGCGCCUGCGGGUCCUCAAGGAGCAAAUCCACCACCACGCCGCCCUCGCCGACUCGCUCGCCGCCGCACCGCCGUCGACCAACGGUCACGGGCGAGGCGCGCUCGUGCAGAGCCAGCUCGCGGGCGAGGGCGUCGCCGAGGGCUUGUGGCCUGUCGACGCCGAGGGCGACAUGUACGAGCUCGACGAGGAGGAGGAAGAGGAGGAGGAGAUCUCGGACGAGGCGGACGAGUAG